CCCCUCCGGCGGGCAACAGCUGUCUGAAGUUUCCCUCGGCCAGAGCCACCGCCCAGCCUCCCCUGGGCCCGCCCACAAAUCCCCAAACUCAGCCCAGCCCCUCACCAUCCCCACCCGGCGCCUCUUCAGGCGAGAGAACUUUUAUUGCAGCCGCCGCUCUUUGUGCGCCUGGUUGGCUUCCUCGGCUGCGCUUCGAGGGAGGCGCGGAGCCCGUGCCCUCCGCCUCGCCGCGCCUUCGCCAUGGCCCUGACCCUCUUCGAUACUGAUGAGUACAGGCCACCAGUAUGGAAAUCUUACUUGUAUCAAUUGCAACAGGAAGCUCCCCAUCCUAGAAGGAUUACGUGCACAUCUGAGGUAGAUAAAAGGCCAAAAUACUAUGGACGAGAGUUUCAUGGGAUGAUAUCAAGAGAAGAAGCAGAUCAAUUAUUGAGCGUAGCAGAGGGAAGUUAUCUUAUUCGUGAAAGCCAGCGGCAACCUGGAACGUACACUUUGGCUUUAAGAUUUGGAAACCAGACCAGAAACUUCAGGCUGUACUAUGAUGGAAAACACUUUGUCGGCGAAAAACGUUUCGAGUCCAUCCACGAUCUGGUGACAGAUGGAUUGAUCACCCUUUAUAUUGAAACCAAGGCAGCAGAAUACAUUGCCAAGAUGACCAUAAAUCCAAUUUAUGAACACAUAGGAUAUACAACUUUAAGCAGAGAGCCAACAAAUAAGAAGCAUGCAGUGGCUGUAAGAGAUAUGUUUGAUGGCAAAGAGUCUACAGGAGACAAUGACACGGUAGAAAAAAGACUGACAUCACUUGUCAGAAGAGCAACUCUGAAAGAAAAUGAGCACAUCCCAAAAUAUGAGAAGGUUCACAGUUUCAAGGUUCACACAUUUAGGGGUCCGCACUGGUGUGAAUAUUGUGCCAACUUCAUGUGGGGCCUCAUUGCUCAGGGAGUGAAAUGUGCAGAUUGUGGUUUAAAUGUUCAUAAGCAAUGUUCCAAGAUGGUCCCAAACGACUGCAAGCCAGACCUGAAGCAUGUCAAGAAAGUUUAUAGCUGUGAUCUGACAACGCUAGUAAAAGCGCACUUCACAAAAAGACCAAUGGUGGUAGACAUGUGCAUUAGGGAGAUUGAAUCUAGAGGUCUCAAUUCUGAAGGACUGUACAGAGUAUCAGGAUUCAGUGAUUUAAUUGAAGAUGUGAAAAUGGCUUUUGAUCGAGAUGGAGAAAAAGCAGAUAUUUCUGUUAAUAUGUAUGAAGAUAUCAAUAUUAUCACAGGUGCCCUUAAACUGUACUUCAGAGAUUUGCCAAUUCCACUCAUUACAUAUGAUGCCUACCCCAAAUUUAUAGAAUCUGCAAAAUCCACAGAUCCUGAUGAACAGCUGGAAAUACUUCAUGAAGCACUGAACCUGUUGCCACCUGCACACUGUGAAACCUUACGUUACCUCAUGGCACAUUUAAAGAGGGUAACGCUCCAUGAAAAAGAGAAUCUCAUGAACUCAGAGAACCUUGGCAUCGUUUUUGGGCCAACGCUAAUGCGAGCACCAGAGCUUGAUGCAAUGGCUGCCCUGAAUGACAUCCGUUACCAGAGACUUGUGGUGGAGAUGCUUAUAAAAAAUGAAGACAUUUUAUUUUGAACCUGUUUGUGGGUGUUUGCAGCAGUGUUUUAAAUGGACAGCAGUGGAAAUCCGGGGAUGAUGAAGGAAUGUUUUGAAGUAACUGAGCCAGCUCCCGUAGCUGAAUUCCUAUUGUGAGAUUUUGGUGUAUGAAAGAUUCUUAUUCUGUUGCUUUUGUGGCAUCAUUCAAACCAUGCUGGGAAAAGAUCAACACAUAUUAUACUUGCCAACACUGGUGGGUCUGGGUUGUUUUCUCAUAUAGUGCCAAAAAUACAAGCUUAUGUGAUCUGCUUCUUGCUCCCCCUCCCUUGUGAGAUUUCUUGUACAAACAGUACAAUACAAACAAAACAGCAUCUGUGUUCUGGAAUAGUCUGUGAUGUACUUUAGCAUGUUUUCUUAGUGUAAAUUUGUUGUGGGUUUCUUUCUACAUUCCAUCAUUGGUUUCAGAUAUUUCAUGUGGACCACGAGGGAAGGGCGAGGGAGAGCGGACCACCUUUGGCUGGUCAGGGACAUCAGCUGUUGUUCUUUUCCAGCUUUGAGAGAUCAUUUCCUCUACAGUUCAAUAGCAUCCUUUAAAUGGAGGGACUCAUUUUCUUGUACCGGAAGCAUUCUGACUGCCACUUUAAGUAAUACCUUUCUGUAUGGUUCCAGUUAAAGAUGGAAAUGCUGAAUGAGUGAGGAUUGUUCUGUUGUUGUCGUUGUUUUAAAAUUGUCAUUUUGUAUUUUUAUUGCGCAUGCGUAUUAAUUUAUUAAAGUUUUGCUUUAGAACCGCA